CUCAUCAUAAAUGAGUCAAAAAUUUCAAACAAACAAAAUUAAUUGAAUUUCAAAUCAAAUUUUUUUUUCUUCUAAAAUGUCUGGCAGUUUUUGGCGAAGUUCUCAUUUCCAACAAUGGUUAUUGACAAGACAAGAUCUUCUUCGUGAAAGACAUUAUGAUUUACAGAUUUUGAGUGAAGAAGAAUAUCAAAAAUUGAUGAUAUUUUUUGCCAAUUUUAUACAAGCACUUGGUGAACAGCUAAAAGUCAAACAACAAGUAAUCGCAACUGCAAUUGUAUAUUUUCGACGAUUUUAUGUUCGUAAUUCAUUAAAAUGUAUUGAUCCAUUGCUAUUGGCACCGACAUGUUUGUUUUUGGCAUCUAAAGUAGAAGAAUUUGGUGUCAUAUCUAAUAAUCGACUAAUAAGCACUUGUCAACAAGUUGUAAAAACCAAAUUCUCCUAUGCAUAUCCGCAAGAAUUUCCAUAUCGUAUCAAUCAGAUAUUGGAAUGUGAAUUUUAUUUGAUGGAGAUAAUGGACUGUUGUUUAGUAUUAUAUCAUCCAUAUAGACCAUUGAUUCAAUUUGUUCAAGAUUGGAAUAAUAAAGAUUCUAUGUUAUCGACUGCAUGGAAUGUUGUUAACGAUAGUUUUCGUACAGAUGUAUGUUUGUUAUAUCCACCACAUCAGAUUGCAUUAGCUUGUCUUCAUAUUGCAUGCGUUAUAAAUCAAAAAGAUUCCAAUAAACAAUGGUUUGCUGAAUUGCAUACCGAUCUGGAUAAAGUAUUGGAAGUUACGAAAUACAUAAUGAAUCUAUAUGAAAUGUGGAAACAAUUUGAAAAACAGGAGAAAAAAGAAAUUCCAGAAUUACUCGAAAAAAUGCCCAAACCAAAGAUACAACCUUCAAGACCACCAUCACAAGGAACAAAUGAUAACCAGAAUUCCGUAUCACAAAAUAGUAUUCAAAAAUGAAAAUUUUUUUUUUUCAGAUUGGUGGUGGUGGAACAUGUUUUAUUUUUCACAAAAAAUAAUAAUA